AUGUCCCGGUGUUAUGAUCACUUGGACCCGCUCAUGGUCCCAGCGGAACAGCGUCUUGGCUAUGGAAAAAUUCAUUUCCAGGAUUUACUGUAUCGACGAACCCAGCGAUGUUGGUACAAUACACACGGCUGGGACGUCUUCGCUGCCGACCUGAACGACAAACACUGCUUUGGAAACUCGCCCUUCGGCAUUAUGGAUAAUGCGCUAUACCACAUCGCCACGUUCCGCAACGUCUCGGUCGUGUCGUGUGUCCCAUUCUGGGAGAGUCCCGUGGCCGCCCCUUUUCGGUAUGUAUGUCAUCCAAUUAUCACAAAUGAGGAGGACACUUUCCUUCUUGGUGGCAAGCGAACGGUUGGUCUACCGCCGUGGAAGACACACUGCUCGCCCAUGUUGAAAGUGGGGCUGAAGAAAAGCAACAGUGCCAUAGCAUUCAUUUGGCAUGUAGGCCAUCAAUUCCGCUCUGUUUCAUGUUUUUCUGCAACAACACGAGCACAAGCAGAAGCGGACGCGGUCCUCGCGGCAGAAGCAAAGACCUCACCCGCAGUUGUGUGUAUUACGGCCGACGAUGAGCACGAGGUAUCUGAUACUGCCGCUACCCUCCAAUCUGUGGUUUCCACGGACGUCACAGACCCACCUAUAACCACGGAGGGCUCCACUCACGAGCCUGGCGACACACAGCCAGCACCUGUACAUACGUCACACGGCGGAAACAUUGUACUGGGAGACGACCUUUGUAAACAAGCCCAAGGCAUUCUAUCCGCCCCGUACCCUAUUCCAGACACGCCCAGCACCCGCUUGCUGAACAUGUCGUUUCCCCACUAA